CUCUGGUUGGUGCUUGGAAAGUUCCAGUAGAAUCGAUUCAGCAUGAUAAAGGGUGGAUCAUUUUCAAGUUCCGGAGGGAGGAGGACCUUAAUACUAUCCUUCAGAAUGGCCCGUAUUCAAUUUAUGGAAGGACUUUGUUCCUGAAAAAAAUGUCGAGUUAUUUUCAGUAUGGUUAUGAACAUAGGACCAUUGUACUUGUGUGGAUUCAGUUGAAGGUUCUUUCCCUGGAGCUUUGGACACCGAUGGCUAUUGGAAGGAUAUGUUCUGAAAUUGGGCAACCACUAUACAUGUACAAGCUGACUACCAACAAGGAUAGAAUCUCCUACACUAGGGUCAUGGUGGAAGUGGAUGUAGCUAAGGAAAUCAAACCCAGAGUUAAGGUUUUGUUAUAUGAAGGGUUUCCUAGAUUGAGAUUCUGCAAUAAAUGUAAAACAAUCGGACACUCUGAUGGGGUUUUCAAACCUAGGGAGGAGUAUAAAAAGUCCUCGGGGAUCCAGUAUAAACCAAAGAAGCCUGUUCAUGAACUAAGGUCAGAGAUUGAAAAGGGAUAAAGAAACUUUGGUUACAAAGGAAAGGGAAACCAGGGAGGCUGAAAACAGCAAUCAGGUUGCUCAAACUUAGAAUUCUGAUGAGGUCCCAGAAAGGGCACUGAAAGAAACAGGAGAUGCUACUAAUAUUGACAGUUUAUUUGACCCUUCAGAGGAUGAUCCAUUGACUAGCGAAGGUAUAUCCAAUACUUAUAUUAGAGGGCAAACAGGUGAAACUCAGGCACAAGGAGAUGAAGUUAAUGGAUCAGUGGGGAUUGAAAGCAGAGGUGGGACUGUCAAAGAUAAAGUCUUAAUCUCCAUUGAGGACCAGAUUAAAAAUAAGGCCAAAGGGAAGGAGAAGGUUGGAGAAUUCCAGCUGGUUAAGAAGAAUAAAAGUAAAGGAACUCAGUUCAAUCCACUAAUUUUGGAAAGGGGUUAAAGCCCCCUUCUAAAGCUAGAUGAAGAUAGCUUGUUGGAACAUCAAAACCCCUGAAGCAAAAUGGGGUUCUCAGCCUCAUCAAUAAGAAUAGGGUGGAUGUUUUUGGCAUUCUGGAAACGAAGUUGAAUGAAGCAAAAUUGAAAGAAUUUAUGAGAAAGAAGCUGGCUAGCUGGUGCUGUGUUAACAAUUUUGAAGAGCAUGUUGCUGGGAGAAUUCUAGUGGUAUGGAAUCCUAAUAAAGCUCAAGUCCAUGUGGUGAGCAAGACCUCCCAGAGAUAAUGAAAGUCGACGAUUGCUUUCAAGGAAGGUGCCAGUUGCACCUUCAAAGAUCAAUCCAUAUAGAGCCACAAUCUUCUUCCGCCUUGCUGUUUUAGUCUUUUUCCUCCGAUAUAGAUUGACCCAUCCUGCUCAUAAUGCACAUGGGCUGUGGCUGGCUUCAGUACUCUGUGAAGUCUGGUUUUCUAUAUCAUGGUUUUUUGACCAGCUCCUCAAGUGGCAACCUGUAAACAGGGAAACAUAUCCUGAACGCCUGUGCUUGAGGUGAAGAAAUUGCCAUUCUAAAAAUCUUUUCCUUGUUUUCAGGAAAAUAUUGUGCCCAGGGGGAUGACAAGUAGAAACCAUCUGCUCAGCUUUCCGUGUUGUGCAUGUUCUGGAUAUAAUCAACCAGGAAAACCUAACUACCCUGCUGAGAAGGUUUCAUGCUAUGUUUCUGAUGAUGGGGCUGCUCUACUGAUGCUGGAAACUCUAUCUCAAACAUGUGAAUUUGCAAGAAAAUGGGUACCUUUUUGCAAGAAGUUCAACAUUGAGCCUCGUUGUCCUGAAAUAUAUUUCUCAGGAAAGGUUGACAAUUUGAAAUAUAAUAUAAGUCCAACAUUUUGCAAGCAGAGAAGAUCUAUGAAGAGGCAUUAUGAAGAGUUUAAAAUUGGACUCAAUGGCCUUGUAACUAAGUUUCAGCAUGCACCCCCUGAAGGCUGGACUCUGAAAGAUGGCACCCCAUGGCCUGGAAAUGACCCCAGAAAUCAUCCAGGCAUGAUGCAGAUACUGAUUGGCUCUAGUGGACCUUAUGGUAGUGAUGGUGAAAGUUUGCCCCAACUGGUUUAUGUAUCUCGGGAAAAACACCCUGGUUUCCAGCAUAACAAGAAGGCUGGUGCCAUGAAUGCUCUGGUCCGAGUGUCAGCUGUUCUUACAAAUGGGGCUUACGUUCUAAAUCUCAACUGCAAUCACUAUAUAAACAGCAGCAAAGCAUUCCUUGAAGCUAUGUGCUUUAUGAUGGACCCCAUCAACAAGAAGAAGAUAUGUUAUGUUCAAUUUCCUCAACGGUUUGAUGGCACUGAUGCAAAUGAUCAAUAUACAAGCCCCAAUACAAUCUUUUAUGAUAUCAACUUGAAGGGCCUUGAUGGAAUACAAGGGCCUUUUUAUAUUGGCACGGGUUGCUUCUUCUACCGAAAAGCUUUGUAUGGUUAUGAUCCAAUGUCUGAACCAAAGAUGCAUCACAGAAGCAGGCGGUGUCCUGGGAAGAAAAUUUUGAGUGAUAACAAUGCCUUUUAUUCUUCUACUUAUGUUGCCAAUAAAAGCAGCCCAAGUUUGCUUAUGGAGGAACAGGAGUCUCCUUCUGGCUUUCUGAGCAUGGAGAAACGUUAUGGCUCAUCACCAUCUCUAAUUGCAUCAAAUCUUGACCAAAAUGAUAGAUUCUCUUGGAGCACAACUCCUGACGACAUCCUAAGAGAGGCAAUUCAUGUAAUCAGUUGUGAUUAUGAGGACAACACAGCAUGGGGGAGAGAGAUUGGUUGGAUAUAUGGCUCUCAGAUGGGGGAUAUUCUGACUGGUUUCAAGAUGCAUGCUCGAGGAUGGAGAUCGGUCUAUCAUACACCAGCUUGUGCUGCAUUUAGAGGAACUGUGAUUUGCCAUCUUUCAGAUCGACUGUCUCAGGUGCUUUUGGGGGCCACUGACUCUAUUGAAAUUCUUCUCAGUCGGCAUUGCCCAAUCUGGAACGGAUGUGGUGGCCAGCUCAAACUAUUAGAGAGAGUUGCUUACAUAAAUGCUACAAUGUACCCCCUUACUUCCAUUCCCAUGCUUAUGUACAGCACUCUACCAGCCAUUUGCCUUCUUACUGGAAAAUUUAUCAUUACUCCGAUCACUUAUGAAGCUUGCACUUGGGUUGCACUGACUUUAUUAUCGGUGUUGGUAAAUGUUGCUCUCGAAGUGAGGUGGAGUGGUAUUAAUAUUCAAGAGUGGUGGAGAAAUCAACAGUUUUGGGUUAUUUCUGGAUUAUCUCCCCAUUUAUUUGCUGUUUUCCAGGGUUUGGGCAAGGUUGCAGUAGGCUUUUGUACUAGUUCAAGCUGGAGAACAGAAAUUUCUGGGGAAGACAAUGCUAUGGAGUUCUAUGCAUUCAAAUGGACAUCACUUCUUAUAUUGCCUACAGCUGUGAUUCUCGUCAACUUGUUGGGUAUGGUUGCUGGAAUCUCUUCACUUUUCACCCGUGGUUAUGGGUCCCUGGGUCUCCUAUUUGCAAAAUUAUUUUUUGCUUCUUUUGUGGUUGUUCACUUACACCCUUUCUUGAAGGGACUACUGGUUAGGAAACACCAGAUUCCUACAGUGGUCAUUAUCUGGUCUGUACUUAUUGCUGCCAUGUUCUCUCUGCUGUGGGUUUGGCUUGAUCCUUUUACUACCAGGUUCCAAGGACCUGAUAUUGAGGACUGUGGCAUACAGUGCUGAUUUUUUCUUCUCUUACUGUUGCAUUUCCCUGGAGAGGGUCCUGAUCUUCUUAUAUGAUGCUUUAUUAAGCUGUUAACUUGGAGAUUCAACGGUUCAACAUGUCAACUACAAUAUCUGAUGCCCUAGUACCUGUAACUUUGGCAAAGCUGGAGAUUGCUGCAAAUCAUCAAAUUUGCCAUGGAAGUUGGCUUCACUGGAGUAGAGACAAAUAUGCAAUUCCCAAACUGCAAUUUCAUGAGCAGAUCAAAGGCCGAUGUAUAUGAAAUCUUUUGAGUUGUCUAGUUCUUAUUUAUUUGUUUGGUUGUUGGUCUUUGGUUUAUUGGUUUUGAAUAAAUUAGUUAAGUCUUGAUACCACAAUAUUCCUCCGCCGAGAGGUUUUCUAGUAAAGAAAGGAGGUGCCGCCCUCUUUUACCCAAAAAAAAAAAAAAAAAGGAAAUCUUUUGAGAGUCGAAACUUUGAUUCGCCCAUAUUCGCUGCAAUUUUCCUGGUAUUUUAGGUGUUUCUAUUUGUUAGUUUUCUAAUUUUCCUUGCUUUAAGUGUAACAUGCAUUGUGUAUGGACUGGUGUGUCCCAGAUAUGAGGAGUUAUCGUCACUGUCUUGCCAAGCCAAAACACCAAGUUACUGAAUAAUUUUACAACACCAAACCAAACUGUUUAAUUCCGUUGUACCUGAUUAAUGUAAUGUGAAGUAAUGGUUUUUGAUUAGUAAAAA